AUGGGACUUCGUGUAGUUAUCGAGAGGAAAAUCAAAAUCUUAGAGGUACACGGGGACUCGGCGUUAGCCAUUUACCAAAUCCGUGGAGUUUGGGAAGUAAGGGAUUCAAAAUUAGUCAAAUAUCGCGAUCUCGUUGCAGAGCUGAUCAAGGAAUUCUAUUUUAACUACUUUUCACAGGAAGAGAACCAAUUGGCUGAUACUCUGGCCACCUUGGCUUCAAUGUUCAAAGCAAACAGAGAAACUGAAAUAAUACCUAUCGAAAUGAGCAUAUAUGAGACCCCCGCACACUGUUUUAGCAUUGAAGAGGAGUCAGAUGGACGACCAUGGUUCCAUGAUAUCUUGGAGUACAUCAAGAAUCAAAGGUACCCCGAGCAGGCAAACGAGAAUGACAAAAGAACAAUCAGAAGAAUGGCUAUUGGAUUUGUUCUUGACGGAGAUAUUCUAUACAAAAGGGGAAAAGAUCAAGUGCUCCUAAGGUGCGUGGACGCUGUUGAAGCUAAAAAAAUACUUGAAGAUGUCCACGAAGGAAUUUGUGGAACGCAUGCCAAUGGGUUUACUAUGGCUCGGUAG